UUUCUUCUUCCACCACUUGCCGCGCGCUCCGCACUGUGCCCUUCCAGGCCGCCGACGACGACGUGGAGGAACGAAUGCCUUGGGCCUAACUGGAAUCCGCGCCUCGCUUCCCAAGAAAAAAAAAAGAACACCUGGUCUCCCCGCCACGCCACCCCGCUUUCGUCUCAACUCGACCACAGACACAUCGACCGACCGGCAACAAGUGACACUUGAGCAGCGGGUCGGGAGAUCGCGGUGUGACGACCAUGUUGACGUGAGAAGAGGCCCGUGCAGCAAAGCGAAGCUUCGCCCCGUAGUCCUGCAAGGAGCGAGGCAGCGGAACAAGGCGGUGUCAACGGACUGGCGCCGCACGGUUCCGAGAGGAACGGCGAGGUCGUCGAACACGGCCAUGUUCUCCUACGGAGCCUCGAAGCGCCGACUAGGCCUCGCUUCGCUGUCACUGGCCGCAGUGCUGGCCGUGGUUCUGCUUCCAUCGCUGGUCGAAGGCCGUCGUACGUCACACUGCUACGUGUGCCGCUCUAGGGGCCAGCUGGGCGACUGUCGGGACCCGUUCCCCUACAACGAGACCACGGUCGAAGGCGUUCGUGGGGUCGAGGCCUCGCCGUGCGCCUCCAAGUGGUGCGGAAAGCUCGUCGAAGGACGGGACGAAGACUUCGACCUUGCCACCGAGCGGAUGUGCUUGCAGCGACCCCCGGAUGACCUGGAGGAGAGGUGCGCCGAGACUCUGUACCAAAACAGACGAGUCUACAUGUGCUUCUGCCGGGGAGAUCUGUGCAACGGGGCCCACAGGACUGCGGCCGCGGGCUCUGCAGCCGUCGUCUUUGCCCUCGCAUCGGCUUGGGCAAUUCGCUGCGCGCUGCAGUUGUGACGAGAGCAGCCGUUAGAUGAGUGCAAGCACUUCAGACUUAUAAACAUAACCGGGACGAAGUAUUUAUACUGUUAAGCAUCACCAAAACGUUUAAAGCAUGCGGACGUCGUGUACAAGCAUCGUUCACUUUCCCGUUAACGCGGUGUGCUAACAUCGCGCGUGUAAAAGCGUGUUUAAAUCGUAGCACAUUUCGAGCCUCGUUAUAAGGCCUUGCAUGGCUGCCGCUGUGCGAACUUCUGUCAAUGCACCUAAUAGACAAAAACACAGCUCAUCUUUAUUUUUCGUACAUCUGCAAUAAUUUGCCGCACAAACAUUUUAGUGUACCAUUCCGUGCAGAGCAACACUACAAUUACAUACAAUCAAGACAUAACAAAUCAAGCAAUAUGACAAACUUACCUUACUUUUCCGUGACAGGCGUAGAACACAGCGUUGCAAUGUUUGAAGAUAACACGUCCUCUUCCGCGUCGCGAUUGCAAAGAAUAUGUAACUUAUUUUAUGCGUGUAUCACUACUUGCGAACUACUCAGUGUCACUAUAUAUAAUAUCUGUUGCGUCAGAGCUCCAGAAAGCUCAAUGAUGCUCAGGACUUACCAGCGCGACUGCUCCACUGCAGUCAAUCACUGCCAUCAAUUCUUUAGGUUGAGAAACCUUCGUUAAUACGUUUGUUGUUUUAUAUUAUGACCGACUCUUGUUGUGAACUGUGAAAGAUUAAAAAUGUUUGUUGUAAAA